ACGCUGAAGUAUUGAGAUUUGAUUUAUUGAAACAAAAAUAAACAUGUAUAACUGUCAGCUUUCAGUAGAUGACAUAACAAAUGUAACGGGAUUGUUAUAGGUACACUUUAGAUAAAGUGAAAACAAUUUGUACAUCCUGCUCACGUUGAAGAUAACCUGUAACACGUCAUAGACUGUUUAAUGCCAGGGAUCGAUCUAUACUACUUAUACUACGUAAAACAAAGAUCAAACUUGCAUUUCUAUAGAAUACGUAUUUUGAAUCAAAUUUAAAGAUCCUUGUAGAAAUGUUUAAAGAAAUUGCCACCCUUAUCAUCUUGAUUCAAAUGGCUGGAUGUUUUCUUCUAUCUAAAGAAGGAGGAAAUCAUACCGCAUGCAGCAGUCGAAUUCUCACCGGAGACAAAGUUAGACAAUGUGCAGUAAAUGAUGGCACUCGUAUGCUUCUUGAACAAAGAAAUGCUGAAUGGGGAUGGGGAGAGCGUUCUGAGGCUGAAGCAAUAAUUGCACUUCAUUUGGCGAAUGAUGCAUGGUUUUCAAAGAAAGAUCCCACCUCUUAUAUAAGUGUGAAACAAAUGAACCUGGAUUUGCUAUCUGCAAUCAGCAACAAUAUAGCACUAACAAAUCCGGCAUGGGGCCACGGCAAAUUAGCCCAUUACGUCCUAGGACUAACAGCUACCUGUCAAGACCCAAGAAACUUCUAUGGACAUAACUUGAUAGAUAAACUACAGAACCAUCUAAACGUAUCUUCGCAACAUUUUCAUAGCAACAAGUUUGCAUAUGCACUUGUUGUCCUGGCAUUAUGUAACGCGAACUCUACUGUAGAUGCAGCUUAUUUGAAAGAUAUUUCAACAUCACCAGGCAUCUAUACAUUCGGUGUUGACGAAGCUGCAAUGGUAUAUUUAGCUUAUGCUUGUGUCAAUGAUGCUGCAUAUUCUACACAAUCAAAGGCAGCAUUAGAAUAUAUUCUACAAAAACGCGAUAGUAAAGGAUUAUACGGCAAUGAAUAUUCUACAGCUUUAGCAGUACAGGCAAUAUUUGCAAGCAACAAUAAAUCAUUGGAAUCACUGUCAGAUGCUGGGAUAUCAUUCAUGUCAAAUUCAAUUGAUCGAACCAAUAAUCCACACAAGUCUAUGUUGUUGUCUGUUUUACCAGCCUUGGCUAAAAAGUCGUAUAUUGAUGUAGGCAGAACUCCCUGUAUGUCAGACAUAAUAGUUACUACCCCUCCUUCGUCGAAGGUUUUCUUGAUUAAAAUUACGGUUAUAAACAACGUAUCAGGACAUUUCAACCGAGUGUGGUCAGUUUCAUUAAAUGAAGGUCAGACGUUAUAUAAUGCGUUGCAGAAUUUACAAGCUGCUGAUUCCUCUUUUAGCUUCACCAGUACUACAACAACAUAUGGUCAAUUAAUCAGAUCAGUUUGUGGAAUGGAUGCUCUGACUAUAAAUAGACAAUAUUGGCAGAUGUUGGAUUCUAAUGACACUCCAUUGUCUACGGCCUCGGACAGAUUCUUCCCAACUGAUGGAUCAAGCUUUACACUGAAGCUGACUAAAUGGUAAUCACUGGUACAACUUCGGGAAAUAUGAAGCUUGAAAGAUUCAAGGAGAAAAAGUGGAAAUAGAUAUUGAUGAAUAAAAAGCUAUCAACCUCAAAA